CUAUGUUUUGCCCCAAUCGAACUUGAUUCUGUUCCUCCUUUGGCCCUUUCUUCUUCAGUAAGAUUAAAGAAGCUGCUCAAAAGCAAACAACACACUGAAACCCACCACCAUCUUUUCUCCUCUUCUUCUUCUUCUUCCCCCCUCACCCAGACCCCUCACAAUUCAAAACUCCAUGGCGACUCCCAAUCCCCUCCUCCUCUCUCUCAUUUCCCUCUUCUCCCUUUCCCACCUCGCAUUCUCAUCCAAACUCACACUCCCUCUCACCCUACUCGCCACACACUCCUCCUCCUCAGAUCCAAUCCAGACCCUCAGCCUCCUCUCCUCCGCCUCACUCUCCCGCGCCCACCACCUCAAACGCCCCAAACACUCCAACUCCUCCACCACCAAAGUCCCUCUCUACCCCCGCAGCUUCGGCGCCUACUCCAUUUCCCUCAGCUUCGGCACACCGCCGCAGACCUCCACCUUCGUCAUGGACACCGGCAGCAGCCUCGUCUGGUUCCCCUGCACCUCCCGCUAUACCUGCUCCAACUGCGUCUUCCCCAACAUUGACCCCACCCACAUCCCCACCUUCAUCCCCAAGCGCUCCUCCACUUCCCGAAUCGUCGGCUGCAAAAACCCAAAAUGCGCCUGGAUUUUCGGCCCCGAAAUCAAUACCAAAUGUCCAAACUCCUCCCAGGCCUGCCCGACGUACCUCAUUCAGUACGGCUCCGGCGCCACCGCCGGAGUUUUGCUCUCCGAGUCCCUCGAUUUACCCAAUAAAACCGUCCCCGAUUUCGUCGUCGGCUGCUCUUUCCUCUCGAUCCGACAACCCGCCGGAAUCGCCGGCUUUGGACGUGGCCCGGAAUCCCUCCCCGUCCAAAUGGGCCUCUCCAAAUUCUCCCACUGCCUAGUCUCCCGCAGAUUCGACGACACCCCCGUCAGCAGCGACCUCGUUCUCUACAGCGGCUCCACCUCCGACGACAGUGGUGGCGUCAGCUACACUCCUUUCCAGAAAAACCCCGGCGCCUCCAACUCCGCCUACCGCGAGUACUACUACCUCGCUCUCCGCAAAGUCGUCGUCGGGAAAAAACACGUCAAGAUACCGUACAAGUACUUGGUUCCGGGGGCCGACGACAAUGGCGGGACCAUCGUGGACUCCGGGUCGACGUUCACGUUCAUGGAGAGGCCGGUGUUCGAGGCGGUGGCGCAGGCGUUCGCGGCGCAGAUGGUGAAGUACACCCGGGCCAAGGACAUAGAGAACCGGACCGGGUUGAAGCCGUGCUUUGAUAUUUCCAAGGAGAAAACGGUGGACUUCCCGGAGCUGGUUUUCCAAUUCAAGGGCGGUGCGAAGAUGGCAUUGCCGUUAAACAAUUACUUCGCUCUGGUCACCACCGGCGGCGUUGUGUGCUUGACCAUCGUCACGGACGGGGUGGCGGGGCCCAGCGUGGCGAGUAGUGGGCCCGCGAUUAUUUUGGGGAGUUUCCAGCAGCAGAAUUUUUACGUCGAGUACGAUUUGGCGCACGAUCGGUUCGGGUUUAGGAAACAGAGCUGUAAAAAGUGAAAGAGAGCCCGGAUUUAUUUAUUUCUACUGGUUGACUAAAUAGAUUAUAGUUUAAGAUAAUAACUUUGUAAAUUUUGUGAUGAUUUAUCACAAAACAAAAGGAAUUUCUCGCUUUUCG